AUGCCGGCCAUCCUUUUCCGGAACGUUGUAGAGAUUACGUCUAUUAGAACCAAGAAGAGCUGGUAUCUUUUUGCGUGUUCUGGGAGCCAAUGUCGUAGGGGACUAACAAGAGAGGGCGGUUACUUCAUUUGCAAGGCGCGCAAAUCGAAGGUUGACUAUCCAAGGACGAGGUUUCAGAUUCAAGCGGAUGUAACUGAUGGAAUGAUGAGCACCGUUGUCACCCUCUUUGAUGAAGUUGCUGAGCAGUUGGUCAAGAGGACCGCAAAAUCCUUAGUAGAGGAGCAGCUAAAUGAUACUUCUAUAGAUGCUCCCAUAUUACCCUCCGCCCUCGAAUCCCUUAUUGGAACAAAACACACUUUUGAGAUAAAGAGCCACACAUACUACCGUUAUGGAGAAUAUGAGAGCUUCAAUUGUGUGAAGAUUGUCGGCCCUGGUUUGGAUGAUACAGAUGGGAACGUUAAGUGUGUCACGUCGGAUUUGGGUGCCAUACCAUCUGACUCCCCAAAGCGUGGUUUGAGCCUCCCGCCUCCGACACCCGGAACUGGCCGCAAACUUAGAAAACUCUACCUUGAAGAAUCGGACGACGAUGAUGAGGGGGUGUCCAUUGAUCGUGCGCAUGUUACCGGUUUGGUCGACAAUAGUGGGGAUGCUAAGAAGGGCUCUCACUGA